CAUACUUAUAAAUAAACAUCACCAUACCACUUUAACGAUGAAUUAUUGGUAUAGUUAAGUUUUUAACAUAAAUAAAGCCGAAUAUUAAGCUGUGUGUGUAAUGUACUCAAGAGUAUCUUUGUCCUGUUGAUUAGACAAUGAAUACAAAAUGCAAAUUGGAAUAUUACAGGAAACCGAUGAAUAUAACCUAAUAAUAUAUCUUUGCUAUUAAUGCUGUAAAGACAAAUAGUAAAAAUGGGAGUUCGAGGUUUGACUACUUACGUAAAUUUAAAUCAGGAUUUGUUUUUAGAACACUUUUUGCUACAUGAUUCUUGUGUAGUCAUCGAUGGAAAUAGUAUGUGUGCACAAUUGUACAGAUGCCUUAACAGUUUUUCAGCAUUUGGCGGUGAUUACGAUAAGUAUGCGUCAUACGUGAAAAAAUUUUUUAAAACCUUUCGCAAAUGUAACAUAGUCCCUUAUGUGAUAUUCGAUGGAGGUCACGAAACAAGGAAAUUAAAGACUGCUUAUUGUAGGGUAAAAUCGAAGAUUAGCGGGGCUAGCAGAUUGGACCCUGUAACUCAAGGGUAUCUACAAAUUUUUCCUUUGUUAUUUAGAAAUGUCUUCAGACAAGUGUUGACAGAAAUGCAAGUUCCCUUCACUGUGUGUGAAUUUGAAGCAGAUGAUGAAAUAGCGGUCAUGGCAAGACAUUUAAAUUGUCCAGUGUUGAGCUACGACUCAGAUUUUUUUAUAUACAAUGUCUCUUAUAUACCAUUCAAUACUUUAGAUCACAAACCAACAUGUAUAGAAGAUGGUGAAAGUAGAUUUUAUGCUUUAGAAUGUAAAGUUUAUAGAGUAGAAUUUCUAACAAAAAAUUUUGGUGGUUUACAGGAAGAUAUGCUACCGUUACUGGCAACAUUACUUGGAAAUGAUUAUGUAGAGAAGAGAGUUUUCAAAAAGUUCUUUUCUGAAUUCAAAUUACCUAAAAGUAAGAGAUGUAAGAAUAAUCAGCAGAGGUCUAUUCAUGGUGUUUUUAAAUGGUUACAAAAUGAAACAUUAGAGUCUGCCAUAUCCAAAAUAUUGGGAAGGUGUAAGAAAAAGCAGAAGGAUAGGGUAUAUGCAAUUAUUAAAAAGAGUAUAUAUGGAUAUAACAGUAAGAAAUGUAGGUCUUUAAAAUACUUUAAUUUCUCUAGUGUUGAUGAUGUACCAGAAGAAUCAAAUUGGGAACUACCAGCAAUUGUUGAUGCAAGCACAGAAGAUACCGAUUCUGAUUCUGAACAAUGCUCCAACAGCUCCUCCAACAGUGACAUAUCUGAUGACGAAAAUUCACAAGAUUCAGAGAAUGAUGAGCAACUGCCGAGUUGGUACAUUAGUAAAGUUCGGAAUAACUUGAUACCUCCAGAGUAUUUGAACUUAUACACACAUCAUUUACAUUUCUGUUCUCCACAAGCUGAGGACUAUACAGAUCAAGAUGCAUUUCUGUGUACAUUACCUAUAUUGCGAUAUAGUUUUGAUAUUCUCACUGAUUUUACUCAUGACCAUUGUAUGUAUGUCAGUAGAGAAAAUUGUUGUAACUUUAAAAGAAUGUUGAUCGACAAAGAGUAUGCCAUUCCUAGAUUAUUAGAUGUUCCCUUUAAUGAAUUGUCUAAUGACCAGUUAAAUUCCUGCUUCAGUCAUUUUCUAACACAAAAGAUGCCAUCUUUAGAUUUAACUGAUUUGCAUUUAUUACCACCAGACUUUCAACUGUUUAUGUUAUCAAUAUUAUGGUGGGUGAGAUAUUGUACUGUACCAUUAGCGAAUGUUCACAGUCUGUUCAUAUGCUACAUUAUGCUGGACAUUAUUGAUGAAAAAACUGGAUCUCUCCGUGGACAAAAGCAUUUUAUGGAUAAACAUUCAAAAAAGAUUGAAGAAAUUAAAAGAAAUCCUGUACACAUUAAUACUGAUGAUGAUGAGUUGUUUUUGAAUAAAAAUAAAGUUCAGUAUGAGGAUAGUCUGGUGGCGGCAAGUGUGCUUAUAAAACAUUUUGAGAUAGACAAUACAAUUAGAAAGAAACCUAAAAGUUAUGAUGUAAAGAGAAUACACAGUUUUGCGCAGUUCCAAUGUUGCCUAUAUCAGUUGAACUGUUUAAAUAUACUAUGUGGUAGUCCAUUCCAAACAACGAAAUACAAAUGUUAUAAUGGUACAUUUGUAUAUAAUAUUGCUUUAAAGUUAGAAAAUGUAAUAGACCCAAUAAAAUUUUUUGAACAAUAUCUCAAAGGUGCAACUACUGUGUUAAUGUAUUAUAAAAGUAUGUGUAGCAUAUAUCAGAAAUCUUUGGAGAAGAUGUGUAUAAUGAAUAGUGAAUGGACAGGUAAGAAACGAAGAAGGAGAAAGAAGAAAAAAGAUGAAGUGGAUGAUAUCAUUAAUAGGUUCUUUGUGGAAGGAUUUGAGUCACAGGUGUCAAUUUAAUAUGUUACUCAAUAAAGCUAACAUAAUUAUAAAUUUACGAAGGUUAUUUUGAAUAAUCAAAUCUAUGUAUAUGUUAUUACAUUAUUGUUAACAGUUUUAAUAUAGAGAAUUACAAUUCUGAGAAUUGUUUGAACUAUAGUGGUUUUUAUAAAAAUUUUAAAUAUGUUAACAAUUUAUUAAAAGUGAGUUAUUGUCAAUUAUUGUCAUUAAAUAUUUUUUUAUAGAUUUGUUAAAUAUUUUAUCCUGAGAUACCUAAAUAUAGCAAAAACUAUGCUACAUGCCAACUAGUAAGUUUGUAGGUAGAUAUGUACAGUAAUGUAUUGGUACAAGAAACUAGCACAAUAUACUCCUGUACCCCAUAAUUUCAGUACCGUAUCAGACUUAGGGGAGAGACGUGAAUAGUGACAUUGUGUAAUCGUCAAAAUUCUAAAUUAUAAAAUAAUUUAUUAUUCAUGUAGGACAUAUUGAAGGUUAAGUUUUUGUAAGUAAUAUUUUUCUCUGUCCAGUUCAGUAUAUGGAUUCAAAUGAGAAGAACUGGCAAGAAACUCGACUGAAUUUCUUUUUUUCCUCUAGUCUUCUCAAUUGAAUAAUCUUCUAAUACAGGUAUUACAAUAAAUGUGUUU